UAAAAUGCCGCCACGGGGAUCGGGCCCAACCAGUCGUAAUCGAUACAAGAAGCUCCAUUUUUCUGCUCCUCUUCACUUCAUCCCUCCCAUCGCGAAGGAGGCCACCCCUCGUGAAUCCGUCUGUCGCUUCCCGGCUCGAAACCAUGAAGACCAUCUUCGUCCUGUUGUGCGUCGCGGUGGCCUUCGUCGCCGCCCAGGAUGUCCAGGAGCAGGAGCGGCCGAAAACCUUCCGGAGGCUGAUACCCGCCGACGUUCUCCGCGACUUCCCGGGCAUGUGCUUCGCGUCGACCAAGUGCGCGACCAUCGAGCCGACGAAGUCGUGGGAGCUGGCGCCGUUCUGCGGUCGUUCCACCUGCGUGCCCGCCGACGACAACUCCGGUCGUCUGUUCGAGCUGGUGGAGGACUGCGGCCCGCUGCCCAAGGCCAAUUCCAAGUGCAAGCUCUCCGACAAGACCAACAAGACCGCGAGCUUCCCCGACUGCUGUCCGAUCUUCGAGUGCGAGGACGGCGCCAAGCUCGAGUACCCGGACAUCCCGACCCUGCCGCCGCCGAGCGACGCCAUCGCGAAGGCGCAGCCGGAGACGCCGAAACCCUAAGCCCAAAACACAGCAGCGAGAGGCCGCCUUGUCCAGGGGGGUGAAGGUUGCGGUGUAGCCUCCUCGACGAGGUCGAUUGGACCCCGGUUGCGGGUUCUCCAAUCGCCGGCGGACUCGGCGCGACCUGUCAACGACUAAUCGACCGGAGUCCACGUGGCGAACGCGCAUUCGGAGGUCUCCGUCUCCUCGAGACUCCCGAGCAAGACCUAGCGAACACCUAGCGAAGUAAAGACGCGCACGGAAUGACUUUAUUUUGUACCAAGAUCCGCUUCGAACGACUUGUAUCUUACGUUAUUUCUUCCCGGGAAAGGAUAAAUUGUCAUCAAACGACGUCGCUGUACGUUUCGCUAGGUGCACAGAUCCCCCCCUCGUGUCCGGCUCCGAAUCGUGGAUCGUUCGACAAGGACUGCGCAAGGUUUCUGCCGAUCGCGACGAGGCCACACCGCGGUACCGCUCGCUCGCCCUAACGUGAUCCGAUCCCAUACACGAUCCAGAUUAAGCUAAUUGUAUAUAAAUUCAGGCCGCACCUCUGUGCAAGCCACGAGCACGACGAAAGCUUUUCCGAUGCACUCGUUCUCCCCUCUUCCCCCGCGUCCCGCUCCGAUUUGUAAUCUUAUCGUAUAAUAAUCCACCCCGCGGCCACCUCUCAUCAGCCUCGCCCGUAUUCUUUAGCUGCUCAACCUCCGAACGUACGGUUUACCUAAUUACAAAAAUUUCUAAAAGAAAGUAACGGAACGACAGAUGUGAUUUCGCGCGAAGUCCAUAGGAAAGUAUAAUGAGUAUCUCUUCAAGAAAUAAGAAGUUAAGCCGAUAUCUCGGCGUACACUGAUUCGUGAUUACCCUACUAUAUUUCGCACAAGAGAGCGUUCGAAGGGCCCAGACAGCCCUUCGAACGGUAUAUCUUCUAACGAUAAUCGGUAAUGGCGCACUUUUUUUUCUAGUUAAGUCGACUCAAGCUCUUUCUCGGCAUACGACAAAUUAUCCCGUAGCAGAGUCUGGCAGUAUGUAUCGCAAAUACGUGUGAUUGUAAUUAUAUGUGAUUAAAUUAAUACUUAUUUAAUUCAA